GCAAGGUUUCCUCAGGAAAUGGGUCUCCGUCUCUUCACUCUUUUCCUCUCCGGAAAUAGUUCUCCUCCACUCAUCCUCUCUGCAAAUUUACAGAUUCUUUUCCUAAUGAUUUCAAACUUUCAGCUUCAACGUCAAGGAGGUAAGAACAGAAUCCCUUUCGUCAUAGCCUGGAUCGGUGAUAGCGGAAGAGUCUGAAAUAAAUAAAAUAAUAAUGAAUAUGAAUGCGGCGAUAGUGGUGUAUGGCUUGAUUCUGCUAACGUCCACGCCGUGGUGCAUUUACUCGGCGGCGGCGACGGACGACCGGCUUCUGGUGGACAGGACGCUGGUUCGAAACGCUCCGGCUUCUGAAGCUUAUUGCUUGGACGGAAGUUUGCCGGCGUAUCACCUUCACAGAGGAUUCGGCGCCGGAGCUCAGAAUUGGCUUUUGCAGUUUGAGGGUGGUGGGUGGUGCAACGGCAUCAGUUCAUGUUUGGAGAGAUCUAAAACUAGGAGGGGAUCCACCACUUUUAUGAACAAGCUGGCUGUCUUUUCCGGCAUUCUCAGCAACAACGCUUCUCGAAACCCUGAUUUUUAUAAUUGGAAUAGAGUGAAGCUCAGAUAUUGUGAUGGAGCAUCAUUUGCUGGAGAUACUAAGUAUGAAAAUGGGACAACAUUGCUUUAUUUCAGAGGACAGAGAAUUUGGCAAGCUAUUAUUAAUGAUCUUCUUCCAAAAGGUUUAGGCCAAGCAAGCAAGGCUUUGCUUUCUGGUUGCUCUGCUGGUGGUCUGUCAACUUUUCUGCACUGUGACAGCUUAACCAGUUAUCUGCCUAAGACCACCACUGUUAAAUGCUUGAGUGAUGCUGGAUUCUUCUUAGAUGGGAAAGACUUGAGUCUAAAGUACACCAUGAGAUCUUUCUACCAGAGCAUGGUAGUUCUACAUGGAGCUGGAAACAUUCUCAACAAAAAUUGCAUGAAUACUCUUUCUAAUCCUCAUCUGUGCGUCUUCCCACAGUAUGCAUUACCACACAUCCAAACCCCGUUUUUCAUCUUAAACACUGCAUAUGAUGUGUUCCAAUUUCAUCACAUACUUGCACCUACUUCUGCUGAUCCUACUGCACAAUGGGAAAGUUGCAAACAAAAUCCAGCAGCCUGCAGUCCAUUACAACUUGGAACUCUUCAAGAAUUUAGAACAUACAUGCUUGGGGCUCUCAGAGAAUUCAAUUCCGACUCGGGAAGAGGAGGAAUGUUUAUCAAUUCAUGUUUUGCUCAUUGUCAAAGUGAGAUUCAAGAAACUUGGUUUGCAGUUGAUUCUCCCCGAAUAAACAACAAGACUAUUGCAGAGGCAGUUGGUGACUGGUACUUUAACAGAAAUGUAAGCAAGCAGAUUGGUUGUGCAUAUCCCUGUGAUUCUACUUGCCAUAAUAUCAUUGGCUAACAAUCUAACAUAGAUACAUCUACAAGAAACUGAUGUAGAUUGUAUUCAGUUUUGGUUUCUUGAUACUCCCUUCUUACACAAAGGAGGAGAAAAAUACAAGAAAAACACUACUCAAGUUCAUAGCCUAUGCCGUAAAAGCAUUAAUCCUUACAUUUGAUUCGUUUUUUAUCAACGAAUAUCAUUGUUUAUGUCUCAUAUGUACUGAAAGAUAGACGAAACAGAAGAUGUUCCUUGCUUAGGGUUGUAUAUAAGUAUGAUAUUUGUAAAUUGUAAUCUUAGAUGUUCUACCAUCACAAUUAAUAGACAAACAGUAGUUUUGUUCUGGUAGAUA